CGUCGUGUUGUAGGCUCAGCUAUGAUGGCAGCCGUGGGUUGACAUCGAUACAUUACAGAAUAUAAACUAUUUAAAAGUUAGCGGAAAAUACCCCGACACAAUAACGUAGAACAAACUAACAGUUUUCAGAUAGUACACACUUAAACACACACCCGCCCGGUUUGGGGAACGUGGCACUAUGCCCGCAGCUACUGUGGAUCACAGCCAAAGAAUAUGUGAGGUUUGGGCCAACAACCUGGAGGAAGAGCUGAAGAGGAUCCGACAUGUCAUCCGAAAAUACAACUACAUUGCUAUGGACACAGAGUUUCCAGGUGUAGUAGCCAGACCGAUCGGAGAGUUCAGAAGCAACGCUGACUAUCAGUACCAGUUGCUGCGCUGCAAUGUGGAUUUGCUCAAGAUAAUCCAGCUGGGCCUCACGUUUAUGAACGAACAAGGGGAGUACCCUCCGGGAACAUCGACAUGGCAGUUCAAUUUUAAGUUUAACCUCACAGAAGAUAUGUACGCACAGGACUCCAUUGAGCUCUUGACCACUUCAGGGAUUCAGUUCAAGAAGCACGAGGACGAAGGCAUCGAGACGCUGUACUUUGCCGAGCUGCUGAUGACAUCAGGAGUGGUGCUCUGUGAUGGGGUCAAGUGGCUGUCUUUUCACAGUGGCUACGACUUUGGAUACCUGAUCAAGAUUCUGUCCAACGCAAACCUGCCUGAGGAGGAGGUGGACUUCUUUGAGAUUCUUCGCUUGUACUUUCCAGUCAUUUAUGAUGUCAAGUACCUCAUGAAGAGUUGUAAAAACCUGAAGGGAGGGCUGCAGGAAGUAGCUGAGCAACUGGAGCUGGAGAGGAUCGGACCACAGCAUCAGGCCGGCUCUGACUCUUUACUCACAGGCAUGGCUUUCUUCAAGAUGAGAGAGAUGUUCUUUGAGGAUCAUAUCGAUGAUGCCAAGUACUGUGGUCACUUGUAUGGGCUCGGCUCCGGCUCAGCCUACGUCCAGAACGGAACAGGGAACGCUUACGAAGAGGAGGCAAACAAGCAGCAGUCGUGACAUCACUUCUGAAACUCUUCCCAUCCUGCGGUUCACAUGCACAAUCGGUGCGGCGCUAAAGCCAAGCUUCGCCACCCGGAUGAUGAUAACGAUAAUGGAUAAACAAGAAAACAUACACACGUCAUUUAGCAAACUGCUUCUCAUAGGCUCUGCUCACCUUAGACAACUGAAUAUGAUGGUCAAAAAAAAAAUCCCAGCUGUCCUCACACAUGCCCUUGCUGGCUGCAUGUGUGUGUGUGUGAGUUUAGUCUUUUAUUCCUACGAAGCGGUGUAAAUCAGUUGAAUUUAACAUGCUUGAAAAGAUGGGAUUUUAGUUUUCCUAAAAUGUUCUGUAGAAAUGUUUUUGCACUUUAAAGCUCUAACCUGAUUUUAUAUGGAAAGCUGAAAACAAUGUUUCUGGUGUCUUUCUCCUCUUUGUUGCCUUCUCUACGUUCCCAUUUUACAUUGAGAACAUAAACCUUUAGCAUCACAACAACCGCUCUCACCACGUUCAGCCUUAAUAUUAGCUGCUUUCUUGUUCUUUUAAAACUUUAAUUUAUUGUCUUGGUUAUCUGACAUCCAACAGACGCUCCACUCGACGCUGGGACAUCACAUGUCCCCUUCUGUCAUUGGAUCUCUUGUGUGAUAACGAGAAAGGGAGUGUGUUUAUGUGCACAUUAAUAUUUCAUUGAAGUUUUUUCAUUUGUUCAUAUAAAGAUAAUGUUUGUAAUGACCUGAAUAAGCUCUAAUCCCACUGUGAGAAGCCUUUAACUAACCGGUGUAAUCUGCUUAUACAGUAUGCAGAUGGGGAUACUAAAAAACAAGUGAACUCAUUUUCCUUUAUACCAUUACUUCUUCCUGUUUGUAUUCAUGAUAACAUUCAGAAUAAUUGCUUUCAAGGAUAUUUACAGUAUGUACUAGGUGCAUACAGAGGAAUAUGGGUUGUUUGUGCAUGUAAACACCCUCAUUGACACAAGCACAUAUGAACACAUGCAUCACCUUGUCGACAUGGUCUUGCAGUUGAUUUCAACCAAAUUCACCAGACCUUAAAAAACUGAAAAAGUAUAAAAACACUUGCCUGCAGUAAGACAUGCUGAGGUUACCCUGAACUACUCUGUUAAGAGUAAAUUUUAGUUGAAUUUAAGGGUUUGUAGAGUUCUAGUGUUGUAAUAAAAUAAGAGAAAACUGUUACUCGAUGGAAAAAUGAUAGCAUUGCCUUUUAACAUGCAUCUUUCUGUUCCAGUGGAGUUCACUACACUUGUAGCUCUGGCCUUUUGAAUGACCUUUUUUUUUUUUCAUGUAUUGCUUUCCCGUUCAUUCAUGCUGCGUAGAACAGCCGCAUGUACUAAAAUGUUUGAAUAAAUGCUGUGUUGUUAUAGUAGUAUCCUGAACUUCCAUAGGUGUGUGUUGACGUGUAGGUUCAAGACUUCUUUUAACCUCCCCGAGCGUCAGAGACUGAUAACUGAAACGCUUCUCCUUCUUUCUGCAGCACAUCUUCCACACUGCAAUGGAGUAAAAAAGGAAUAUGCAAUAUACAAGAGGAUUGUUUUUAGAUUAUUUUGUAAAUA